AUGACAAUCAAAGCGUUAGAGAAGGUUUCAUUCGGCCAGAAUGGCAUUGGUGCCUUCAUUUUACAAUGCAGAAAAAUAGAUGUUCACUAUUGUGAUCAUUCUGGGAGUUCAAGAGGAAUGAACUCCUUUAUUAAAUCUCAGCUCUCCAAGUUCGCCGCCUCGCAUCCUCAAAUCGAAUUCGCCCUGUCUCCUAGACCCCGAAAACACCCCCUACUCAUCGGCCACUACAUAAAUGGCAAAGAAAAAUCUAUAUGCGUAAAGAACAUGGAUUCCUUACAAAUCUUAAAAAAGAUUGAAUUACUACGAGACGCGAGUGGAGAGAAGAUCAAGAGAAUCAACAAGCCAGUCACAAGUAUCAACCAGAGUGUGAGAGGAGUAUGGAGUCCCUACCAUGGCAACGGUAUGCCAGUAUAA